CAUCCUGACUCGGGUUCAGACAGACGUCAGCUCAGCUCAUGCUCAUCCCUUCUACGCUACGGUACUCAAACGUCAGCUUCGGAGGGUUUGAUUAACGGCUCCUUUUUAUUGUCCUCUGGGCAACGGACACGUACAUACCAUUCACAAACAAAACCCACCUCACAAUUUCCACACAACCUAACCAACCCCUGAUGGCCACUACUUUCCCGGUCCGGCCCAACCGCGCCGUCCUCGGUCCGGUACCCUCCCGCCGGUCGGAAGCUGCCUCCCAGGUCGGGAGGCCGCCGGCUAUGAUCAAGGCCGACCGCCGGUGGUGGUGGGGGGCGGUUUCUGCGGCCCCCUCCCGCCGCGCAUUAUCGCAGGUCCUCCUGGCCGGCUCACGCGCCGACGACUCGGCGCCGUUCGAGAUGUCCAUGGAGAACGCUCUGAAGCUGUUGGGCGUCUCGGAGGGAGCCUCCUUCGAGGAUAUAGUUCGAGCCAAGAAUUCGAUUCUCGCGACUUGUACAGACGACCAGGAGGCGAUUGCACAGGUAGAGGCUGCAUAUGAUAUGUUGCUUAUGCAAAGCUUAUCCCAGCGCCGAGCUGGGAAAGUUGUGAGUAGCAGCAUACGUUAUGCUGAUGUUAAAGUAAAUGCUCCUGGGAUGGGAUCAAUUCCUCAAUGGCUGCAGGCCACAGUUAAGAAUUCACCCAUUUCAAUUGAAACACCAUCUACUGGUGACUUGGGUAUACAAGCAGGAGUAUAUGGAGCUUUAAUGGUCUUGAGCUAUGUAAAUGGAGCCUCAACAACUUCCACAGUACCAUAUGCUGCAGCUGAUGUUCCUGGGCUAAUAUUGGCCACUAGUUUUGGAGCAUCCUUAUACUUUAUGACCAAAAGGAACAUUAAGUUAGGAAAGGCAACUGUAAUUACCAUAGGGGGCCUUGUUGCUGGUGCAGUUGUGGGGUCAGCGGUUGAGAGCUGGUUGCAGUGUUAUUGGCAUCGCAAGGUUUGGCCAGUUUUGGCCUGUCAAUUGUCAUGAACCUGGAAAUCUUUACAGAACUACUGUUUCUGGGGAGGAAAUGGUUACAUUUAUAGGUUUGCAAGAUCUUUAUAUGUUGAUUCACCAGGUGACUCUGACAUCUGGCUCUAAUUUAUUCGCUUGUGGUUUCUGAUUAAUAUAUUAUCUCCUUGUUAUCCAGAAGAUUAAACUGAACCCGUGUCAGAGUUGUCGAUUAUUCUAACGGAUAAAAUGACAGAUGAGCAAACAGUAAUUUUAGCCUUAGCUAUUCAAGUUAAUUCAACAAAUCGCCCUUCUUUCUUA